AUGCUCGGGUGGAUCAACAAGAAGAUUGCGACGGCUGGUGCCGGCGGCGGCGCCGGGUCUGGACAAGGCGGCGGGAACGAACGAGGAGAAAGAGCAUCGACCGACGGCUCAGGAAAAUCCCAGAAGCGCAAUGAUCCGCAACGAGAUCUGCCGGCCAACCCACCGCAGCAGCAGGGGCAACCGGGCCGCCGAAGCUCUUUCUUCGACGCGAUGGGCGGGGCCAUGACGAUAGGGAGGGGCGGCGGCCGCGGCAAGAAGGACGACAAGAGCGAGGCCGCCGCCCUCGCCGAGCAGCUGGACGCGCAGCGAGCGGAGCGCAUCUCUUGUGUGGCGUUCAAGCUGGUGCGCGAGAUCCAGCGCAUCCUUAAGGAGGCUCGAGAGAAGCAGGCGGCCGCCGCCGCAGCGGCUGCGGCCGCCGCCGCCGUUGCCGCCGUCGCCCCCUCCGCCGCGCCCCCGCCCUCUUCCUCGCUUUCGGCCGGGACGCCCGCCGGUACGCCGGCGCCGACGCCGACGCCGCCGUCCUCCGGGUCUCGCAAGGGCGGCAGCGCGUCGUCGCCGAUCACGGAGAGAGCCGAGGCGGCCGCCGCCGCCGCCGCGGCCGCCGUCAAGAGAAAAAACCGGUGGGCCGGCACCGAGGAGCUCCUGAGCCUGCUGGACGGCGGGAGCCCCGGCGGCGGCGGGGAGGUCGAGGACAAGGUGGAGCGGUACCGGAGCAUCGCCGAGGUGCAGGCGAAGAUGAGCGACCUGGUGGAGCAGGCGCUGGUGCCGGAGUCCCACGGGGACCUCUGCGGGCAGCUGCUGGACGCCGCGACCGGGGUGGGGCACCACCCGGCGUUUGUCAAGCUCUGCGUGGACGCCGGCCUGCCGUCCAACCUGGUUCACUGCCUCCGCAUCAUGCGGGUGGUGGAGUUCGAGAGCGCCAUGCGCGACGGCACCGGCGGCGGUGGCGGUACUACCGCGGCUGGUUCGUUCGGCGCGGGCGAUGGCGGAGACGACGAAGCUAGCGGCGACGAGGCUCGCCCGUCCCCUUCUCUGCCGGAGGGCGACGACCGCCCGCAGACGAAGAGAGCGACCGAGCGCAUUGGGAAGCUGCUGGUGACGCUCUGCAGCGACAAGUCGGCCGGGGUCGGGGAGCAGAUCAAACCCCACCUGCCGGGCCUGCUGAGCCUCGCGGUGAGCGCCUACCCGCCGAACGGCGCCCACGUGCAGGAGACGGCGCGGGCGGUGGUAGAGGCGCUCAUGGGCGGCUGCCUCAACUCCAGCAUGGUGUGGCUUCUCCACUACAACAAGGCAAUGCUGGACGUUGUCGGAGAGCUGCGACACCUGAGCGGGCUCGACGGGACGGCGCCAAAGUCGCCCACCCCGGGCAGGAAAGUCGUUCGUGGGGGUUACACCCCGAGAUCGGUCUCCCCCAUGAGCAAAGGCAAACGAUCCCCGGGGCCUGCCAAAGGCGGAGGACGUACCGACACCAACGAGCCUCCCUCGACUGAGCUCGUCGGCGCCGCCGCGGAGGAGAGCGGGCUCUGGCUGUCGGCGCUGAGGGCGGCGGUGAGCACGGUGAGGUCGUCCAGCCACUUCGUGCCGGCGUUCGUCCAGGACUUCGAGUCCGCGGGGGGCUACGAGACCGUGGGGUACAUGGUGCGGAAGAGCUCUAUCGACCACCUCCCGGCCAUGCUCGAGCAGGUUUGUUUGUUGGUGUCCGCGACGUCGGCGGGAGGCAUGGAGCGGCUGGAGACGCCGGGGGGGCGGGUGGAGCGGUCGGACCUGAUGGCCAGCAAUUCCGCCGCGUUUGGCAUCAUUCAGUCUCUGCUGGCGGAGUGCACCCCACCGGUGGAAGCGGUCUGCUUGCAGGGGAUCGGCGGACGGGUUUCCAGCGGCACGUGCGAAGUCUCCUGCCUGUCGGGGGGGCACGGGCUGGCGGACCAGGGCCUUGACACGGAGGACGCGGUCGUCAUGGUCGCCGAGCGAGCGGUGGCGAUGCGGCUGGACCGGUGGGGGCGGGAGCACGGCGUGUUCCCGGAGGACUCGGAGGGGUUCCCCUCGGCGGUGCUUUCGAUCGCGUCGUCGUCGGGGGACGAGGAGGACGACGACAGCGGAGUGGGGGGCAGCAGCAGCAGCUACCUGUCCGAGGGGGAAGGGGACAGCGGCAGCGAGGGGCGGGAGGCGAGAGCGGGCAGCGGCAGGAGGAGGGGGAGGAGGAAGGACCGGGAGUUCGCCAGGGUCUCGGUCGGGGCCGGGGAGAUGGCGGCGGACGUGGAGCACAUGGACGAGUUCCGACUCCGGCUGCUGGAGGCCGUGCUCGGUCUGUACAGCAACCACCCGCUCAACUACCACGAGCUCGAGACCAAGUUUCACGCCCUCUCGUUCUUCCUGUGCGCCCUGCCGUACUACGAGAACCGGGACCUCAAGGGCCUCGCCCUCAAGACCCUCGAAGUCAUUUGCGUUAGCUUUAAGGACGUGCACCCAAGAGACGCCCUCCACUCAACCUCCACGGCGUUCACGGUGUGCCUCGACCACAUGAUGGGUCUCCUGAGCGACCCGCUGAGCUGCCCCGGCGUGGGUCGCAAGAUCUCCCUCGUAGGUGUCGACUCUCUGAGCGGCGGCGGCGGCGGCGGCGGCGGCCUCGGCUCCACCGGCGGCUCCGCCACGGCGGCGGACGGGGAAGCGAGGGUCGCCGAGCGGGUGUCCUUUGGCGGGGGAGACGACGGCGGCAGCGGCCUGCGCGGCCAGGACUUGGGGGACGAGGAGGAGGACCCCAAAGUGGCCGCGGCGCUGGAGAAGGCGCUUCUCCUCCUCGAGGACGCGGACAUGAUGCGGCGCAUGCUCGAGAAGCUCCUCGAGUUCGACGAGACCAAGUACACGGCCAUGUUCCAGGCGACCGGCAUCCUGGACCAGGUGCUGCAGCCCCUCCUCAAGCGCGUCCUCACGCUCAACGUCGGUGGCUGCCCCGGCGCCGCGGGGCUGUGGCGGGCGAUGAGCCGCCCCGAGGGGCUGGCCGCGCCCCCUCCCGGGCUUGCGGCAAGCGGGAGCGCCCGUGGGAGUGGAAGCGAGGCCGGGUGGAAGGUGCGGGUGGAGGAGACGGGGGCCCUGUCCUUGGUGUCUCGGGCCACGGGGUUGCUGUGCGGGACUCUGGCGCUGCUGCUGGGUUCCAGCCAGGCUGUCUGCAGGCAGUUCAGGGCGCUUCGAAUGCACGACACUCUGUACCACGUGAUACGGGAUUUCGGACCACCGAGCACGGAAGCAGCGCUGUCUGCUCUCGAGAGGGCGUCGUCAUCGGAGCCCAGUGGAGUUCCGGAGGACAUGGCGUUUUUGAUCGAGCUCGUGCAGGGCAGCAAGUCAAGGGUGGAGCGGUGGAGGCAGGCGACCGCUCUGAUGGGGCUGCGGAGUAUUCUUCUCUGCAAGCACCAAGCGGUGAAGGACGUGUGGCGCGAGAGCUGCGGCUUCGAGGCUUCCCUAGCGGCCAUCUCCAGCCUCGACGCGGCCUUCUCUUCGACGGCGCCACGGGCACCGACGCCUACAACAGACGCCACCACCCCCUCUUCAUCGCCUGCCGCGGACGGGGCUCAAGGCGACCAGGGCGGAGGCGGCGCCACCGCCCUUACUCCCGAGGAGGCGUGUUUGUGCGAGGCCGAGUACUUUCGGGUCAUCCAGGCGGCGCUGUUCACGCUCGUCGCGAGCGCGUCCGCCGGCCCCGCGGCCCUGGUGCGGGGGGAGCGACUGGUCGGGUGCCGGGCGAACCGGAGGUACCUUAGGCGGGAGAUCAGCUACGACAGCCUCGCGUGCUGCCUGGUCAACUCCGGGGUGGUGGCCAGCCCCACGUACGCCUCCCGGGCGGUGAAGCUUCUCUUCACGAUGAUCACCGAGCAGCCUUGCAGCGGCAUGCGCCUGGAGGCCGGGGACGACAACACCGGGGGCGAUGGGGGAUCGGGAGGCGGGGGCGCCGCUGACAACGCGACGGGGGCGGAAGGCGACGACGACGAAAACGUCGGUCAGCACGCGCCCGUCCGGAACGCAGAUGCGGUCAUGGUGGUCCUCGGCGUGCUGCCGUACCUGAGCGAGGACACCGCUUGGGCGGCCCUGGGGGCGCUGAACCAGGUGGUGCGGGCGGGCGGGUUUGCGGAGGCGGAGGCGUUGGUGGCGGCGGGCGUGGUGAGGAUGGCCGCGGACGUCCUGGCCAAGGCGCUGCACUCGCGCACGGCCAGAGCCAACAACAAGCGCAGGCGCGACAGCCGAACGAGCACCGGAGCAGCGCGGGACGACGCCGCGGGGGCGCUGGUGGACGCCGGUGCCGGCGGCCGCGCGGAAGGCGGGGACGGGGGUGGAACUCCCGUGGCGGCCAACGGUGGGGGUACCCUCCGGGAGCCCGUUCGAGAGGUCGCCCUGCGCGGCCGUGAGCACGGGCUGCGGGAACCCCUGCGCCUGACGGAGAGUGUGCGGCAGCGGCUGGUGGAGUUCAUCAUGCUCGUGGCGAGCCGGCACAUGACGCAGGCCGAACUGGCGCCGAUAGUGAGGGCCGUGACCCUGCCGCUAGCGAUGGACUCCCGCGGCCACGUGGCGCCGCCGACCGUGUGGCCCGCCGGCCUCGCCCUCCCGCCCGCGAUCGACCGCGCCGACGCGGGCGGGGAGGCGUUCUGGCUGCCCGGGUGGGGAACCUUUGUGUCCCCGUCGCCCGGCGACGGAGGCGUCUUGGUGAGCAGCGCCGCGGACAAAACACCAAGCUCUGGUGGGCAUGUUGCUUCCCCUUGGCCGUGGCUGGGCGUGCUGACGGCCAUGUCGGCGCGCGCGGAGGAUUCGACCCCGUUCUUGCGGCUCGGGGGCUCGCCGGCCACCGACAUGUCGAGCCUGUGCCACGAGGUCUCGAGGUCGGGGUGGAGGACGGCCGGGGGGGCCGGGCUAUCCUCGUCGGGGCCGGCGUCUUCUUCCGCGGCGGGGGAGGACGCCGCUGACGGCGGCGGCGGCGGCGGCGGCGGCGGCGGCGGCGGCGGAAAGCUGUGGCGCGGGCAGCAGAAGGCGCUCGUGGAAGCGGCCCUUGAGGAAGGAGUCCGAUUCGUGCACGUCCCGGGGCUGGAGGGAGGGGGCGCGGGCGCCGCGUCCGGUGACGGCGGCGGUGGCAGCGGUGGCGGCGGUGGUGGCCUCGGCGACGGGACGUCGUGGCCGGGCCCGUCCGGGUACUCGUUCGCUUGCUGGAUGCGCUUCAAUCCUCCCGGUGGCGGGGGCAGCGGUGCCCGCAGCGGCGGUGACGCCGGGACUUCGCCCCCCGAAGACAUGGAGUCGUGGAACGAGGACGUGGGCAGGGCGGCGGCUUUCGGGGCCGCCGCCACUGCCGCUGCUAAGGGUAACGCCGCCAACCCCACGAAGCUCAAGAGCGACCCCGGCCAGGCGCCCGGAGAGGGUGGCGCGGGGGCUUUCGCCGCCGACCGACGCGCGGCAGCGGAGGCGUCGACAACGGUGCUGUGGGUGUUCGUGGUGGCCUCUCCUGACGGACGAGCCUUCCUGCAGCUGUUCCUCGACCUCGACCUCCUCGUCUUCUGCGCGAGAGGGUCCUCCAUCCGGGGAGAGAUCCGCUUCAACACCCCCGAACAUCUGUCGUGCGGCGGGGCUCGCGUGUGGCACCACGUCCUCCUGGCCCACUCGAGGGCGAAGAGCCGCCUCUUGGGCACGAAGGACAAGCUGCACCUGUGGGUGGACGGCGAGCUGGCCGAUACCGUCAAGGCGUUCCUAGAUGCCUCCGUGGGAGCGACGGUGGCGCCGGUGUGGCACCUCGGUCCUUGCGCCCUGGUGACGGAGUUCGUGGACGUGGCCCCGCUGAUGUUCGCGCUGGGGCCCGAGUACACCGGGGUCUGGACGGCGGAGAGCCCGCUGGAGGCGAUCUCGAGCGCGAACGCGGCGGGGGCCCUGCGGCGGCUGCAGGCACUUGGCGGCGCGGCUGGAUUCGGUGCCCUCGGGGGCGACGUCCCGCACGCUCUCCAUCGCCGCGUCCUCCGGGAGCUAGAUCGGUGCUUCAACGUGACGGAACGGGCCUACUACUGGAACCGUUCGGACCGGGCGGGGGUGACAGACUCGUUUUACUUGCUGUUGGCGCCCGAGCUGGUCACUUUCGCUUACAACACAAGGCACAUGGAAAGGCCGGGGGGGCCAACACCGCCCGAUGCCGCCGGCGGCGGAGGCGGGGCCCGGAGCGUUUCCCUCUCGAGCGACCAGCAAGGCGGGCGCGGGGGCGGGGGUGGGGCCGACGACGACGGCAUCGACCUCGACGGGGACGCCUUGGACCGGCCGUCGCAGGUCCCGGCGUCCGCCAAGCGGGCGGCCACCUCGGCGUCCCUCGUGAGCGGCUGGCUAUUCAACGCCGCCCGGGAGACGGCGACGCCUUCGGCAGGGCCGGGCCCCGUGGGCUGCGCCUACGGGGACGACAUCGCCGUGGCGCCGUCGAGCCUGCCGCGGGAGCUGGCCGGCGCGGGGGGUCCCGCCGUGCUCUUCCCGUUGCUGCAGCGGGCGCAGACGGAGGCGGCGCUGUGCUGGACGCUCCGGUUGAUCCCCAGGGUGGUACGGGGGGGGGGGGCGUCGAGCGUGGGGUACAUGCAGAUCGGCGGCGGGUAUCUAGUCCUCGCGGGGCUCCUGCGCAGCCGGAGGACCCUGCUCGGGCCGCACACCGUCCGCGCGUGCUUCGAGAUGGCGGUCGAUAGGGCGUACACCGGCGGCGGUGAAGACGGCGGUAAAGCAGGCAAAGAAGAAGAAGGAGGAGGUGCAGUUGACGGCGGCAACGGCCAGGACGGCGGCGGCGGCGGCGGCAGCGGUACCAGUAACGAGGAUCUCCCCUGGGGGGGUACCGAUACCGGCCUCGGCGACGAUCCGUCCAAGGCGGUGGAGGACAGCCACAGGGCGGACGGGUGGGGCUGGGAGGAAGACAUCGCUUUCAUGCCUCGCGACGAGAUUUGGGGGCUGGAGGACCGAGGGCUGAUGCUGGACGUGCUCCAGCUGGUGCACUCUCUGGUCUCACCGCACAACUCGAAGAGGGUGCUGGCCAUGUGCACGAUCCAGCGCGACUUCGACCGGGUCGUGGGCGCGACCCUCAGCACGCUCGCGGACGGGGACGCGACGGGGGCCCGGGAGUCGCGCCCGGCCGGCUCGGAGCCGUCGUUCGCGCCGGCGGAGGCCGUGCUUCGCAGGGUUGGUCUUCUCGGCGAGGAGGAAGACGGCGGCGGCGGCGGCGGCGGCGGGUCCUCUCCCGCCGACAAGGUUCUGUCCGGGCAGGCGUUGGUGCGCCUGUACCUGGUGCGGAUGCUGCUGGAGAUCGUUACGCUGCCGGUGGCGGCGGCGAGCAAGGGCGAGCUUAGCUCGACCGAGGGCGUCUACGUGGGAGGGGUCGGGUCGCCGUGCGCGAGGGAGGCCCAGAGGGCCGCCGAGGAAGCCGCGGCGGCGGCGGCGGCGGCGGCGGAGGCGGUGUCGGGGGCGAAGGCUCCGAAGGAGGGUGCCAGAAAGGGCGGGGGUGGGACGCGGUUGGAGCGUUGGGUGGACGGCGUGCCGCCGGUCGUGGACGUUGUCGAAGCGGACGGGAGCGGGUUGCCGAGCCCGCUGUACGCGGGCAGGCACAGGCAGUUCAAGACGGUGUGCUCGCGGGCGCUUCGGGCUGACUGGUUCAUCUCGCUGCUUGAGACAUGCCAGGAGGAGGCGGGAGUGGCGUGGACGUUCCGCCUCCUGGCGGCGAUGCUCCAGAGCUCGGAGGAGUUCGGCUCCUCGUUCCGAGAAGCCGACGGAUUCCGGGCGAUGGCCGUAUGCCUCCCCCGCUACGCGGCCUCCUUGCCGGUCCUCCUGCCGGCCCUCGCGCUCGCCCUCGGCGUCCCCGUCGCCGCGCUGCCGGCCACGGCCGAAGGCAUGGACGUGAUCAGCAUCCUUUCCCUCCUGCGGAGGAACGCGGGCACCGCGCACGGGCCCGGCCGCUGCGCCGGCGGCGGCAUGGCUCCCCGUGGCGGCGGCGACACGGAGCCGCGGCCGUUUGUCAGGGUGUGCCUGGCGAGGGUGAUCCUGCCGUGCCUGCGUGUGAACGCGGCGCUGCUCCGCCGGGCUGAGGCUGCCGGUGUGGUGCCAACAACGGCGGCGGCGGCGGAGUCGUCGCCGUCUCAGGCGCCGCCUUCCCCGAGCGGGGACGGAGCAGAGAAGACUUCGCCGGGGGUGGCGGCGACGGCGUCGGCGACGGCAGAUGUGAGCGAUUGGCGCAGAGCCAAGAGAGUGAACGAGCUGAUGAGCGCGGCCAUGUGGGAAGCUUUGAUGAACGACCCGUCGUUCCGGCUCACGUGCCGGUCUCCCGGAAUCGUCGCUGCCCUGGUGGACGUCCUCGGCGGGACGUGGGACGAGCCGGAGGGAGGUCUGCUCGGCGGUAGCAAGGGGACCGCCGCCACAGGCGGAGCAGGACGAGAGGAGGAGGUGGGAGUUGGCAACGGUAGCGGUAGCGGAACCACGUCCGGCGGGUCCUCUUCGACGGAAGGCUUCCCCCCUCAGGCCUCCCCGCACCCGCCCGCGAAGCUGCUGAGGAUCGUGAUCGCGGACAUCAUCGCUGUGGGGAGCGCCGUCGUCUUCCGAUCGGUCUUGCGCGUGUUCUCCUCCGGCGCUGCCGUCAUGGGACCGAUGCUGAAGGGGCCCUCCCCCCGCGGGGAGGACGCCGCGGUCGAAGCCGCUCCCUCGUCGACGCGAAUGCCGCGGGACCUGAGCCCGCUAGGCCGGGAGGCAGGUUCCGCCUCCGCGGGAAUCUUCCAGCGCGCGAUUCUCCGACACCUGGAGACGUGCUCACGGGAGGCCAUCAACCUCGCGGCGGCGGCGGCGGCCGUCCCUGCCCCGCCGUCCUCCUCCCGAAGGAACCGGGCAGGGAAGAGCCCCCCGAACCCGAGAGUCGUUGCCUUGAAUCGCGCUGUCGGGAGCGUGGCUGCCGUCUCGGCGGCGGUGGCGGAGGCCGCCGCGGAAGGGCUGCUGCCGGGGGUCGAAACGGGACACCUGGCGGUGGGGCUCGUGCUCAGCUUGCUGCGGCAGAUCACGGCGGCGUUGGGGGCGGUUAACGGGGCCGCUUCGAGCGGCGGCGUCAAGGGCACCGCGCUCGGCGCGUGCCACGUUACGACGAUCGUGGCGCUCCGCCGAGCCAUCCAGCGGGAGAGCGGACGGGAGGGGUGGCUGGGGGGACGUGCCCGUGGUGACGGUGGCGGCAGCGCGAAGGCCGGGCGAGACUUGGUCGAGUCGUGGUCGAAGGGUGGUGUUGGUGGUGGUGGUGGUGGGGCGACCGACGACGAUGACGGCGACCUGCUCGAAGAAAGCCUGCUGAUGAUCGCGCACAACUUUGACGCUCUUCUUGGAGAGGAGCGGAGGAGCUCGACGCCGGGACCGGGCGUGGCAGGGACCGCCUCCGUCGGCAGCCCUCCGUUCCCCCCGCCGGCGCCUAUCUCGAAGUCGCCCGUGAACCCGAAGCCCCGUUCACCGCAGUCUUCAGCCUCGACGACUCCGCGCGGUGGCCUGGAGAGCGGCGGCGGUGGCCGGCGUGCCAACGUCCCGUCGCCGCUCGACCUGUUCGGCCUGGACCAGGAGGCCUCGGCGGAAGCGCCUUUGACGACCGCCGGCGUUUUCGCCGACACGCCAGCACCUCAGAAGUGGUCCUCGAGGUUCGACUUCCCCCUCGACAACACCGCGACGGGUGCGGCGACGGCGGCGGCGGUGGCGGUAGAGGAAGCGAACCGGCUCGCGAUGACGUUUUCGGCCCUAGAGCUGUCGAGCAUCGGCUCCUCCGACCGGAGCACCACCGGCGGCAGCGGUGGCGGCGGCGGCCGCGGGCAAGGACCAAAGAGCCUACAGCUCGCGUCGGGAUCCUUGAUCGGGUCGCCGGCAGGCGUCGGUGGUGGCGGCGGCAGCCCGAAGGCUAGCAACAGCCUGUGGGAGAGCGCGGCGAAGGGGGCGGCGGGUCUCGUUGCUGCGGCCGACCGCGGCAGCAAGGGAGGGAGCGGCGGCGGCGGUGGGAGCAGCGGUGGUGGCGGGGGCGGCGGCGGCGGGGGCGGCGGCGGAGGAGAUGCCGGAGACGGCGGCGGCGCAGGCGUGGCCGAGUCGCUGGUGUACCGCCUGCGGGGCGCCGCCUCCGACCGAGCGUUCGUGGCCGGCUUCGUGGCGGAGCUCCGGGCCCUGCUGCUGAGCGACAGCGAGAGCGUGCGGAAGCUGUCGACCAGGCUCGCGGGUACCCUGCUGGCGCGGCGGCGCGCGACAAUGCAGGAGCUCCUGGGCGAGGAGCUCCUUAGCACCGGGUUCUCCAUGCUGGAACCGCCGCCGCCCGCCGCUG